AUGAGCUCCGAGGUAGAUGUUUCUGACGUCAAUGAGCUGCUCGGGCUAGAUGGCGACGCAGAGGACGUGCACAUGCAUUCAGAUAGCGAAGAACUGCAGCCCGACGACGAGAAGGCACAUUUCAGCAAUCGGGGCCAUGACUGGAUCGCCGAGCGAUACUUCAAUCUCCUGGAAGAGGGUGGAAGGGCGCCAACUCCAUCUGACAUUGCGACUGACACGGACGACUCAGACGACGACGCUCACGCAGCCGCGGACGUCGACGCAAUCCGGCUUCACAUCAUCUUCCGAGUUCUCCGCGUUGUCGUCUGCACCAACUCUGUCCCUAGUGACUGGUACGACAGUCGCAAGCCUCAUUCGGAGUGGGUUUGCCCGCUUCUUGAGUGCACAUAUACUGUUGAUCCCCUGGGACUGGACCCUCAAGCGCGGCGCGCUGUCGUCAGUCUUUUCGGGGAAGGGGGAAUCGAAACGGAGCGGUGGACGGGCAGAUCUGUGCUGGCACGCGAUGCGGAAUAUGAACUCGAUACCGACCACUGCCGUUUGAGCAUGUCUGCGUCCGAGGUGCUUUACCGUCGCGUAGGCAUGGAUUGGAUCGGGUGGAAGCACUUCGAGGCGGAACACAUCGGGAAGUACGGCGUUGAAGUGCGAGACGCGGGGGAGGCGGACGGUGUAGGACAUCGGGGCGUAGCGUUCUGCUCCUCGGCGACAAACAGAAUGAUUGCAGUCUAUGUGGGCGGGGCGGCACCGCAACAUACGGAGGAAAUGCAUCAGCGUGCGCUGACCGACAUCCGCGCGGCUGAGGUCCAGCGCCUGGUGUACGAAGCUCAUCGCGUACGCGUCGAUUUGACACGGUGGCAUCGUCGGCAGGAACGGUUCUUGGACCGAGCGGUUGCUUUCUGUCACAAGAUCUCGACAAACGAGGCUUAUCAUGCGAAGGCUGGGCGUGUGGUUAUGGCUGGGUUGGAGCGGAUACGGGAUACGUAUGACAUUGAGCGCGCACACGCGCGGCUGAAGGAUCUGGAAGCAUCGAUUGUGGCGUGGCAAGCAUGGGACCUCAUAUCCUUUCCUAUACCAGACGUCCUGCAGUAG